CUGGCCAAAGGCCCCAGCUGGACUGGAUGCUGUUCCUUUAGCAAAGCCUGCUCUGGCGUCUCUGUUCUGCUCAUGGACCCUGAAGGCAUCGGUGGUCUGAAAUGAUAAUCUGUGAACUACGUGAGCGGACAAAAGGAAAGAUUCAUGGCCACGACCAGUAAGAUAGAACUGGAGGACGCCCUGGCCCUGGGACCCAGCUGGCGGCACCUUUGUUACGCGAUGCUGUAUGCGCCCAAUCCAGGGACGCUCUUCGGUGGCCGCGUCUUGCUGAGCUAUUCUGUGCUGAUGUCCAUGCGCUUUGAUGGGCGACUGGGCUUCCCUGGUGGUUUUGUGGAUGAUCGGAGCCCCAGCCUGGAGGAAGGGCUGAAUAAGGAACUGUUGAAAAAGCUGGGCGAGGGAGUAUCCACUUUCAACGUACUAUCCACCGACUACCGAAGCUCCCUCGCCGACUCCAAAUCCAAAGUGGUGGCCCAUUUCUAUGUCAAGUGCCUAACGCUAGAGCAGCUCCAGACCGUGGAAGCCAGCGCACCACGAGCCAAGGACUAUGGGCUAGAGGUCUUGGGCCUGGUGCGGGUACCCCUGUAUACCUUGCGGGAUGGUAGGGGAGGCCUGCCUGCAUUCCUGGAGAAUUCCUUCAUUGGUGUCGCCAGGGAGCAGCUACUGGAUGCCCUCCAGGACUUGGGAAUUCUGGCUCCUGAAACUGCCUCAGACCUCAAGGGACGAAUUGUUCAACUUAAGCAGACCUUAAGGUUGAUUGGGACCUGAGCAGAGAGAACUCGGUAGGGGGAGGGCUGGGAGAUGGGAAAUGCUUUCUGGGCCUUGGAGAGGACAGCUGAUACCAGAUUAAAGGUAGAAAUGUAAUGCAAAAUGACCCCAUCACCCUAUGGCACCAGCGACAGAAAUCCAUAGCCCUUUGCAGGGUCUUCGACAUGUAAGGUCCCUCCCUGUACCUGUCAGGCAUGCACACGUGCGCUCUGUGCCACACGUGGUCUAGCACACUUCCCCUCAUGGUCACUCUAACUGGGAACUGUAAUCCCCUCUGCUCCUUCCUAAGCAGGGGAGAGUCUUCCCCUCUCUUGUAAAGCCACGUUUUAGUGCGCAGCUGGCUGGAGAGCCAGAGGCAGGUGUUGCAGUCUGAAAAUACUUGGCCCAAGGAGUGGCACUAUUUGGAGGUGUGGCCUUGUUGGAGUAGGUGUGUCACUGUGGAGGUGGUCUUUAAGACCCUCAUCCUAGCUGCCUAGAAGUCAGUCUUCCCCUAGCAGCCUUCAGAUGAAGAGGUAGAACUCUCAGCUCCUCCUGCACCAUGCCUGCCUGGAUGCUGCCAUGCUCUGGCCUUGAUAACAAUGGACUGAACCUCUGGACCUGUAAGCCAGCCCCAAUUAAAUAUUGUCCUUAUAAGA